AUGCCAUGGCGGUUUUUGCCGCUGGGAUUUCUGCCCACCAUCAAGGCUGGUGCGUGGCAAGAUGCCAUGAGAACCACCGAAGACUUCGAGGCCAUGACAGGCUCAUCAAAUGCGCAGGUCAUCAGCUUCGUCACCGCCAUUGAUCCCUUUGCGCUGACUCGCACCAAUCUCCUGGAGAAGUUUCCCCUGAAGGCGGCCAUGGUGACUCUGCUGGGGCUGGAAGCGCAAACGAAAGCCUGGAGCAAUCUCCGGAAGGUGGAGCUUCUUCAUCAGCAUGUUGCGCUGUUGCCCCCCCAGAAGGUGGUUUUCGCCAUCGACUUCUUUGAUGUGAUGUGGUUUGGUUGCAAAACCGACCUGGUGGAGACGUUCAAAAGUUUCAACCGCUCCAUGGUUUUCAGUGCCGAGCUGUUUCCUUAUCCCAUGACGGAGGCUGCUUUGGACCGCUUGGAGAGGUCGGAUGGUUAUCCUGUGUUGGGAAAGAGGACUGAGCCAUUGCGCACCCUGAGAGAGAAGACCUACAAGUACCUGAACUCUGGCUGCGUUGCGGGCUAUGCGUCUGCGCUGAAAUUGGCAACUGGUCGCAUACUGCAGCACGAUGGGCUGAAUCAAUAUGUCACCUACAGCAGGUUGGCAGCGAAUGACGACGAGCGGAAGCAAAUGCAGAUGGGUAGUGAUGACCAGAUUGCAUGGCAUACCUAUGCUCUUCAUCACCCAGAUGAGAUCGCAUUGGAUUAUGACGCGGAUCUAUUUUUGAGUGCAUUCGGUACUGAGCUGCCGGAUUACAGUUUCCGGGCUGGGCAAGUAUGGUUAAAGCCUUUCAAUCGCUAUCUGUGCUUCGCUCAUGGCAACGGCGCCAGCAACUUGGCGGUCCAUGUGGCGGAGCUCCAGCAGAUGGCUGAAUCUUUCCCAAGACUUCAGCCGGACAAUUGCUCACUAAUGCGUCAAAGGCACAAGGAGGUUCGAGGAAUGCAGGUGUGGGAGUUGUUCUGUGACUGGCAUAUGCUGCGUGCUCUUGCCAUGAAGCCGUUCCCGCCGUUCCCGCGGCGCUGGAGAAAUCUGGAGAAAAAGUCCUGGACGAGGGAAAGGAUGGGAAAGGGGAUUCGAAGUGGUUGCAAAGCAAGGAGAAUCCUAGGAGUGUCACUGAAAGCAACCAGUCAAUACCAGUCUGCCCCGAAACAGCAUACUGCAUACUCUUCUUUUCAACAGUUUUUUGUUUGCAGUUUCCAAGUUCAAGUGCUGAGGUUUCUCAGCUAUUUGGCUGUCGCCUCAGAGAUGAUCCAAAGACCUGUGGUAUGUGUCGCUGCUUUUCAUAUCUUUUCAUCAAGUCAGUUCAAACGGUUCCUUCCUCUGACACGCAAGUGCACAGCGGUGAAGAUGAUGGUGUUCAACAUUGUUCAACAAAACAUGUGCCACCUCCCUGGUCUCCUUGUUUUGACCCGCAGUAAGGUAGGUCAAAGGAUGUUAAAGGUAUAA